AUGGCAGUGCAAAUGUUUGAGAAAUGGCGGCUACCGGACAUGCUAUCUGAUGCGAAGUUGGCACUCGCAACGGCUAUGACGUCGGAAACGCCUGGACCUAGUCAUGAGGCGGCCAUCCAGAUACUGAAGGAGUCACUACGACUUGAUGAGAAGCGCAAUGAUGUGCAACGCCAACUCAAGAAACUCGAAACCAUCGUCAGUCUAGUGGGAUGCUUAGCCAGAGCGGAUCAGGGUGACCGCCACAAGGAACUCCAAAGCUAUUGGAUGGGGGAAUCGGAGCGAAUCGGAGAAAGAGAAUUGGGACCUUACAGCGCUCCCCUGGAGUUUAUUCUUCAUGUCUCACAAGCGCUUAAGUCUCUCGGCCAGAAUCAAGACGGACAAGAAAGCAAUAUUGCCUAUGCUGAGGCUUUGCGGUACCUUGAGAUCGGGGAGUCCAUCUCGGAACGAUUGCGACGGGACCUUUGUUUGUUGUCGGGUUUGGAGUCAUUGCGCAAAAAUCAGCUGCUUGUCGCUUCUGCCACUCAUGAUGAUAUCUUUAAUCAUGCUCUAGCACUCACAUUCGCACCAGGUGAUGCCGAGAAGAUGUGGCGACGGACCCAGAGAGCGAAAGCAAGGGCAUUGUCCGACUUGAUUUCGACGAGUAUGGAACUGGAACGUGUUCGCUCGAUGAUGAAGGAACAUCCGCGCCUCGGCCGUCUACUUGCCUCGAGAGCGGGCAAGACCGAUCUGCAGGAUCUCCAAUGGCUUUUUGGAAAUGGAAAAGAUUGGGAUAUUUCGCCCGGCUCCAAAGUUGUAUUAGUCGACUGGGUUAUUAUAGGUGACAAGAUUGUAAUGGUCACACUGGAUGCGAGGCUCGAGCCGCAGAUGUCAGUGCUCGACAUGGCAUUAACUCACGUGCGUGUGUGGAAGCAGAGAUACCUGUCCUCGCACACGUCGCUGGUGUCAUCGGAGAGGCUACUCGAAGAAGGAACACUUGACAAGCUCAACGGCCUUGUUUCCAGACUUUCACAGUGUACACAUGAGGGCGAUCUGCUCGUCUUUUGUCCGACGAGAACCUUGCAUGCCAUCCCCUUGCACGCGUUGAAGAUAGAAGGCGUGCCUGUGAUCUGGAGGAACCCCGUGGUAUAUACAGCGAGCGUAUCACUACUCAGGCAAUGUUGUGAGAGAGCCAACUCGAAACUACACGAGAGAGCUGGGGGAUUAAGAACCGCCUUCUUCUCAGCUUACGAAGACCAUACCAAGGACAAGAUCAAGAUAACACAACGCGAGGAGGCAUAUAAAUGCAUUAGAAAGCUGGCGUCUGACUUUGGCUCGGAGCCCAGGCUUGGAUGCAAUGCCAACAGGGAAAACCUGACGACAGUGGUGAAGGACGUUGACAUUCUUCAUUUUCAUGGACACACAGCGACCCAUCCCAACAUCAUCUACCAGUCUCUCGUUCUAAGCGAUGGAAAAACAUCAGAGACAAGUUCCGGUGUGCAAGAGUUUCAUCACACACAGUCUUCAUCAUCCCCCUACCGGCCAACGUUGGGGCCACACAAGGAUGCCUUCACGGUCCGCGACGCCUUUUCCCUUAACCUCAAUCUGUCACUCGCUUCCAUCGUCGCAUGCUCCUCUGGCGUGCAGAACUAUGGCACAGGGGACGAGCCGCAAGGGCUGCUCUCGGCGCUGCAAUAUGCGGGCUGUGCAACAGCCAUAGGUACCCUAUGGCCGGUUCGCAGCGAGGACGGGCGAGCAUUUACCCUGUAUUUCUUCCAGGCUGUGCGGCGCCAAGGGGACACCAUCGCGUCGCCAUGGAACCUGGCACUCUCGUUCCAGAAGGCGGUGAGACGACUCCAGGGAAGAAAGAAAGCAGGCUUGCGCUUGGAUCACCCUUAUUAUUGGGCGGCUUUUGUAAUCCACGAGGUACGUUACGAGGACAAUAUUACAGUUAUGUUAACAAAGUGGUUGGCAUCUAUUAGAUUGAAAUGGGGCGAGGUUAGUACAGCUGGCGAGCCUACCUUUAUCCCUGCCACAAAUCUGGCUUUCAGCUUAGAACAUGGUGGUUGA